AGUUUUACGGUGGGAACAAGUCGAUGAAAGGCAUUGGCUUUUUGCGAGAACACAGUGUCGCUUUAGUGGCUGGCAAAGAUAAGCGGGCAACUCGUCUUUUUCAUGCCUCUUUUCUGUCCUCUCCCUUUCUUCUUUUUCACUUUUCUUAGCUAUCUUCUUUUGUGCGAUCCAAUUUUUUUCUCACUUUUUAUCGAGCCAUUAACAAACCUACAACGACAAAGCUGAUUUUGUUCGCUUCACCUUAUGCUAUUGAAUAUCAGUUUCAAAAGAUUCAAGAUUUUUUUAGCGGUCGUCAUCCUUCGGUAAAAGAAAGAUUUUUCUUGAAGAACUUUGGAUCUUAGGGAUUAAAUCUUGAAAUUUAGUUCCAAGAAAGAUAAGAUAGCAGAUAAUAGGGAAGUGGGGGUGUGUCUCCAAUGGCGUAAAAAUUUAAAAUUUAUCCCACACUGUAUGUGAAAAAGCGUGUACUUUAUAUUGCAUUGUCUCCUUAUUCGCCUCUUCUUGAAAAAAGCUUGCUUAUUUUCAAGAAAUCUUGAAAGUUGAAACCUGAAUACCCCCUCUUUUCUGGUUUGCCAUAUAUUCAGUUUUUCGCACAACCUAUAACCCUAGAAGUUGGUAAAAUAAGGAAUCAAAUACACUCCCAUACUUAAAAUCGCUCAAUUUUAUCGAUCACGAUCUGGGAUCUUGAAGUUGAAGGUGCUAAUCGUUUAGCAUCUCUAGGGUUUUCAGUAUGAAGUUUAUGAAACUUGGAUCGAAGCCGGAUUUGUUCCAAUCCAGUAGCGAAAAUACACGGUAUGUAGCAGCUGAGCUCGCUACUGACAUAAUUGUAAAUGUUUGUAACGUCAAGUUUUAUCUGCACAAGUUUCCCCUUUUGUCAAAGAGUGGUCGUUUCCAGAAAAUGAUGACAAUUUCACACGAUGAAAACGCCAUUGAAAUCGAUCUCCAUGAAAUACCCGGUGGGCCUGGUGGGUUUGAGAUAUGUGCGAAGUUUUGUUAUGGAAUGACAGUUACAUUAAAUGCAUACAACGUGGUGGUGGCUAGAUGUGCAGCAGAGUAUCUAGAAAUGCAUGAAAUUGUGGAUAAAGGAAACCUCGUUUACAAAACGGAAGUUUUUCUGGAUUCGAGCAUUUUCAGAACAUGGAAAGAUUCGAUUAUUGUUUUCCAAACUACAAAGUCUCUUCUUCUUACAUCGUCGUCUGAUGAAUUGAAGAUUGUCAAUCGUUGUCUUGAUUCCAUAGCUUCAAAAGCUUCCAUGGAUCCCUGUAAAAUUGAGUGGUCGUAUACUUACAAUCGAACAAAAUCUGAAAAUGGUAACGAAACGCCACUCUACAAUGGUGUUAGAAAACAGGUUAUGGUUCCAAAAGAUUGGUGGGUUGAAGAUUUGUGUGAACUUCCUGUUGAUUUGUAUAAAAAGGUCAUAACAACGAUUAGGGGUAAAGGGAAGGUAAGCCUUGAUGUUCUUGGUGAAUCUUUAAAAGCUUACACACAAAGAAGGUUAAAGAAUGGUGGCGAUGAUGUUAAAAUCCGUUCUUUGAUUGAAACGAUCAUGUUUCUUUUACCCAAAGAAAAAACGAGCGUUUCUUGUGAUUUUUUGAUUCAGUUAUUACAUGAAUCUGUUCGUUUGGAUUGUGGGGAAACAAGAAGGCGUGAAUUGGGUCAACGAAUUGGUCAACAGCUGCAAAACGCAUUGGUUUCUGAUCUUGUGAAUCUUGAUGUUGAUUUGGUUCAAGAACUCGUUAAGAUCUUCAUGAUGCAGGAUCAAAUUGCUGAUAAUGGCGACGAACAUGGCUUCCUAGAGGUCAAAUUCGUUGACUCUGCUUCCAAAGUCAAAGUAGCCAAGCUCAUCGAUUGCUAUCUUGCUGAAAUCGCCAAAAACCCUGAUUUGCCAUUGUUGAAGUUCACCGAUCUUGCAGAAAUUGUGUCCACUCUACCUCGAAUUUCGCAUGACGGAAUUUAUCGUGCAAUUGACACGUUUCUUAAGGAACACCCUGGGAUGAGCAAGAUUGAGAAGAAAAGAGUUUGUAGACUAAUGGAUUGUAGGAAGUUAUCAUCAGAAGCUUGCAUGCAUGCAAUCCAAAAUGAAAGACUACCUUUACGUAUUGUUGUGCAAAUUCUUUUCUUUGAGCAAAUACGAGCCGGGUCCCACGGGAGUUCGAGAUCGGGAACCACAAAUACAGAAGAAGAAUGGGAUUCGGUGCCAACAAGUGAAGAACUCAAGAGUUUGAAAGGGGAAUUUGGUUCUCUAAGGAUAAAAGAAGGUGGAAAUGGAAACCGAAAGGCUAAAGGAAUGGUUAUGUCAACAAGGAUAUUGUCUAAGUUGUUUUCAAGCAAAGAUAAGGAUAGUGAUAAUGAGAGUUCGGAAACGUCUGGGAGUCCGAGUCCUUGUUCGACAAAUGUACGGGAGAUGAAGUCGAAUACGGGUUCAAGAAGUAGGCGGCGGUCGACGUCAUAGUGUGUAGAUUGUAUGACAGUACAUACAUAAAGCCUAGUACUGUAUUUGAGUGUAUUAGACUGGGACUGAUGUCAGUAGGAUAAACUUGCUUCUGAUAUAUCGUCUGUGCAAAAGACGUGAAAUGUCAUGUUAUCCUAAUCACCGAAAAUAGCACUAGAAUGGUUGUGUAGUCUUGUCCGUUUUAUCUAGUCUUAUCCGGUCCAGUCUUGUUGUAUCUUUUGUUCCGAUAACAAAUGCAACUAAUUGUUAGAAUC